AUGAAGAGUUUCAACUUUCUCUUGGCCGCUGGCCUGGCCGCCUCCGUCGAGGCCGCUCGCCUGCCGCUUUGCUCUGCUGUCUGCUUGACAGACGCAAUUGUCGCUACUGGUUGCGAUGCAGUCUCCACCGAUUGCAUCUGCACCUCCGAGGUCUUCAUGACAUCGGUCAAUGAGUGUGUGGAGAAGCGCUGCAUGGAGGACGACAAACUCGUCACCCUCGAGUCUGCUGAACAAUUCUGCUCCACGACAAGCAUGCACAGUCAGUUGAAGAAGCGUGGUGGAUCUUGGUCCAACGUUGAUGCAAAUGGACCCAAGGGCUGGUGGGGAUCUGGAUUUUUCAACUUCAGCAAUUGGUUUGGAGGUCGCUUUGGCCGCCCACGCCGCCCACACUGGGGAUGGAGACGACCUCAACGACCAGCUGCUCCUGCUCCUGGUGCCCCUGCUGCCCCUGCUCCCCAACCCCCUAAGCCAGUCGAGUGGGCUCCCGACUUCCAAGCUGGUACUCAAGAAUGGUGGAAACAACAAGCCGCUCAAUGGUGGGCUGAGAACGGUUAUGACUGGUGGAGAGCCAACGGUUGGCACUUCAGCGGUCCUUCAUGGUACCAGGGAAAGACUCAAGAUUGGUGGGCCAACAACGGUCCUCGCUGGUGGCAAGGACCCUCAUCCCCAGGUGCUGGCAGACCUGGCAACUGGCAAGGUGGCCGCCCAUGGUGGCCUCAAGCCCCCCCAGCAACUCAGCCUGAACCAACCAAGCCAACUGCCACACCAACCACUGUCCCAUCUGACAACCAGGCCUGGGAAGACUGGUCAUCUGCCAACCCUGCAGACCCAACUGUGACGGCCAACCCAACCGAAGACGGAGGAUGGCAAGGCUGGACUCCAGUGGACCCUACCACCACUCCAACCACCACUCCCACCACCACUCACACUCGUCCUACCUGGACCCCAUACACGACAACCAAGCCAGUUCAAACUGUUAUUCCCACUGGCACCGGCUGGUAA